UCAUUUGUUUUUAUUUGGAAACGUGUGCGGCUGUUGCUUACUUUCGAUAGGAACUGUUCUUGUUUGUUGUCGUGGUUGAGUUGGUGUGGUGGUAGUCGCGUUCUAUCACAUUCUUCUCACCAUGUCACUGAAGCAUGUUAUUGGUCGCGGCUUGGCGAUCGGCCGCUCGGCCUUGCACCGGGCCGUUUUAAACCCGGUGUUACGCACUGCUGCGCAACUGCGCAACCUUCGCCCAAGGCAGGCCUCGUACUCGAGUAGUUUGCUACUCCCGUCUCGAUAUCGUUACUUUAGGGUGUCGCUCAGUGGCCUGGCUGCACAGUUGCAGCGACAUAUAUUCCGUACAGCUAGCGGUACGGGUUCACCAAGGAACAGGGCUGUCUUCCUAGCUUUUGGGCUGGGGAUGGGACUAAUUGAACAACAGCUAGAUGAGGACAGGAAAAGCAGUGCUGCCUGCAAGGAGAUCCAGGCACUUUUUCAUAAAAAAAUGAAGAAAUAUGAAAAUCCAUUCAAGUGUUUUUCUGCGGGUUACAAGUUGGAAGAUUACAUUAUUGGUCAAGAGAUUGGGAAGGGCUGCAGUGCAGCAGUAUAUGAAGCAGCCCCUGCAAACAAAGCCUACACAUUUGCUAACGUAUACGCCUCAGAAAAACAAAACACUAGUGCAGAAAAAAGUGAAAAGGACUUGGUACCUGUGAAGUUCUCUUCUGCUUCAAUUUUUCCUUUAGCUGUGAAGAUGAUGUGGAACAUGGGGGAAGACUCAUCCUGUGAAUCCAUUCUGAAAAUGAUGGGAAAGGAAUUGGUUCCUGCAAGCCCACAUGCCAUGAGUGCUGACAAAAGGACAGUUGCUCUUAAAGGGCACUUUGGCUACCAGACAAAAAAACUGGAACCUCAUCCAAAUGUAAUAAAGGUUUUCCGAGCCUUUACAGCAGAUGUACCCCUUUUGCCUGAUGCUUGGGAGAGUUAUCCUGACAUGCUUCCCACAAGAUUGAAUCCUACAGGCAUCGGCCAUAACCGCACUCUCUUCUUGGUAAUGAAGAAAUAUCCUUGUACUUUACGACAGUAUUUGGAUGAAACUAUUCCUCCACAUAGGGAAGGUGUUCGGAUGAUUCUGCAGCUUCUAGAAGGAGUGGAUCAUCUUUACAAACAAGGGAUUGCUCACCGGGACCUGAAGUCCAAUAAUAUCUUGAUGGAAUAUGAUUCAGUUGGCUCCAUUCGUUUGGUAAUCACUGAUUUUGGUUGCUGCCUGGCUGAGAGUUACUGGGGUUUAAAGCUGCCAUUUAACAGUACCUGUGUUGACCGUGGUGGUAACGUGUCCCUCAUGGCUCCUGAAGUUGUAUCAGCAGUUCCUGGACCAUGUACCUUUAUUGAUUAUUCAAAAGCAGAUGUGUGGGCUGUAGGUGCCAUUGCUUAUGAAAUAUUUGGACGGCCAAAUCCAUUUUACAAAUCAGGCUUGGAAAGUCGGACCUACCAAGAGAGAGAACUACCAGCACUGCCUCAACAGAUGCCUCCUGCAGUGCAGCUUCUUGUGAAGCUUCUGUUGCGCAGAGACCCACAUAAGAGACCAAGUGCCAGAACUGCUGCCAAUAUGCUUCAUAUUUACUACUGGAAUGAAAAGCAGUCCUUUUUCAAUCCAGCCAUCACGAACAAGACUGUUGACUGGCUUCUGUGUCAGUGUGCCACUGCCAUACUCCAAAGUAGAGGCUACGGAGGAAACACCGUAGAAGUGGAACUGCUGAGUUGCUUUCUUGCAAAUAUCGACAUGGCAGAAUUCCGAACAGGGAUAGCUUAUUUAGAGUUCUGUGGACAAAAAACGAAGUGAACUCCUUUAAAUAAAUGUGUGGCCUGUAGGCUGAGUAGGCACUUUAACGUGUUUUUAAUGUUGCUUGUAAGAAACCAGGUUUCUAUUUUUUGUAGGUAUUAUUUUCCUAAACUGACUUUUACAACACUAAAGUUGAAGGUGUCAAAGGAAGUUGAGAGAUUCUAGCAGAAAAUGCUCUUACCUUGGUUUCACUUUACAAAUUUAUUUUAUUGAAAUUGGAGAAAAUGGCACUUUUUUUAGCGAAGUCUGUAUUUUGGAACAACUAAUUUUACUCAAGAAAAGUUGUUUUUUUUUUCUUUUUGACAAAACUUUUCUUACAUAGAGUAUAUUUUACUAAAAUGUAAAUUUUAUCCUAAAGAAAUAUUUUGCUGUUUUAUGUUUUGUUAUAAACAUUAAAAGAGGACUGUGGUAUGUAGAAGCUGUAUUCUUCUUGAUGUUGACUGUCUUCUACACAUUUUUUUAAAUUAGUUUUAACAUUUUGUGGAAGUAGACCCAGCGAUUUUCACUUGCACCCUCCCCUGGGGCUGCUUUGUGCAUCAGGCUGCUAGGACUGGCUUCAAACCUACACAUGUCUGACUUGAAUUAAGUGGGUUUGAAAAUGUUACGUUGUUUGUGCAAGCUCAAAGAAAUGUUCAUUCAACCCCGAAACCCGUUAAUGCGAUUCAGUCAGUUAUACUGUAGCAUCAUGCGUACAGCAGAUAACAUGUUGAAAAGCAAGUUACAUAGAAGGAAAGGUAAGUAAUAAAAUGGGCUCCGUUAAAAGAUCGGGGGACUGAAGGUGACCAGGCCAUUAGUUGGGAGGUUUAGCAAAGACGCCAGUGAGUAAACAGAAGGGCCAGCUAGAAGACCGUAUUUAAGAUGUGGUAGGGGAGACUAAUGCUGUACACUAUUGCAGUAUUAAUCAGGUGAUGGUUCCAAGUCACAGUGUUUGAUUUGGGGAGCUUGUAUGUGUUAAUAAAGCACAGUCUGUGUGUGAAAGUGGAAUAUUCAGGGAAGACAGGCACCAGCCAAAUAAUUUGGUAGAGAGAGGGAGCAGAUCGUCUUGGGAAAAGUCACCCUCACAUUCUGUUAUUAUAAUACAAAGUAGGAUACAAACACCCACAUUAUGGACAGUGCAACCUGCACCUUUCAUAACCAGUCUUGGUAUGUUCAAAUAUAUUAUCAGUGUUAAAAAUAUUCCUCUUUCUGCAGAUUUAAUAGGUCCUGUCCAUGGCUGGAUAUGUAUGUUUCUACGGAAGGGUUACACUCAUUUACUUUGAAAUUCAACCAUGGGUCAUGUACACUGCAGAGGAAAUGCCUGAGGGAAUAAAUUCUGAACAUAGUAUUGUUUUCUCACCCUCUGAUAGUGCAGACUCUAGUGAGAGUGCAGGUAGAGUUUUGGACUAAAAAGGGAGAGAACGACUAAUGUUGUCUGACAUGAAAUAUGCUCAAAUGUUCGUUUGUUCAGGCUCGUACAGCGCUGUCAUCCGUGGCAUGGUCUAUUCCAGCUGUGCUAAUGCUUCAGAGUGAUGACACUUGCCGCUGAUUACAUGGACAUGAAUGCUGAGAUUUAGGUAGACUCUUAGUUAGUGCUACUAGUGCACAAGAUUCUUGAAUCUCUUUCAAGGCCUAAGUAUUCAUGAUAUUGUACACUAAUGAGUGUUAGCAGUGUAAUGUAUAAAACAAACUUAUUUUCAAAUGUUCCGAGUCAUAAUGUAUUCUGUUACACUGCUGUACUUGGAUGCAUGUCUGUCAAUUAACUGCAAAAGUAAUUCAAUAAACAAGGACCUCCUUUCA